AUGUCUAUGUGUCUACCAUCUUUUGAUUCAGGAAAAGGAUCGGUUCUGAGUUUCCAAACUAGCAAGUUGCCAAGAGCAAAAUCAGCAAAAUUGUUAUUUAAUUAUAGGUACCCUUCAUUUUACUUUGUCAACAUUUAUAAAGUUUUUAUUAACGAUAGGGAGGUUCCGGUGAGCCCCUCGUGGUGGAAUUUCAAAGGACCUAUGAUGAACGGUGGAAUGUUCGUGGAUACAGGGACAAGUUAUACAACUUUUCCUCAUGAUUUCUAUACUGUAUUCCGUUACAUAUUCCGAGCAGAAGUGCAAGAUAUUCCCAUGGCUGAAAUUCCUGUCCAACCUUUCGACACUUGCUAUAAGGAAGAUCCAAAUGGUCGUGAUUUAUACUUUCCUGUUGUGAAGUUGUACUUUGGGAGCGUAAACUCGAGUACAAUGUUGCUUCUGGCACAAGAACGAGUUGUUGUGCACUAUCGCGGGCUUUACUGCUUGGCUUUCGUUGGAUGGAAUAGUGAGAGAUCAGUAUUAGGCAUGACUCAACUCCAAGGUGUAGGAUUAACUUUUGAUACUAUAUCAAGUACUUUGUCAUUUGACAUUGAUGCAUGUGAUUGA